AUGAAUAAUUUUAAUUUUGCUUAUUUUUCUCCUCUCGGCAUGGAAAUAUUAAAAAAACUUCCUGCUUCUGCUUCGCUUAAAUCAGAAAAAACUCCUCAACAACCCAACGGAAAUGACUGCGGAGUAUAUGUAAUGAAAACUAGUCCCUACGCCUUUCGUUUAGGUUAUAAUGAAGAUUGGAAUAACUACUUUUUUUUGAAAAGUAAGGAAAAAAGUUUCGAUUGGUUAAAAAGAGAUAAGUUAAUUCGUGAUUAUUUUGCUUCUCUUUUCCCUGAUACCGCCCAGUUGAAAGUUGAAUACACUAGAAAUGCCAUUUUCAUUUAUCUUUAUAUCCCCGAAAUUAAUUUAGUAUUGGGAGAAAGUAACGAAAAGUUAGACAAAAUACUCAAAGACAUUUAUGCUCUAAUUAAUGAUAGUAAAAUUGCGGUUAAAAUAAAUUUAAUUGAAGUAAAAAAAGUUUAUGCCAACGCUCAGGCAAUUGCUAAUUUGAUUGUCGGUCAAUUAAAAAAGCGAGUUAGUUCCCGACAAAUUUUUAGAAGCAUAGAAAGAAAUUUAAGCGAGGAAAGAGAGAAAAAUGUGCGGGGUCGAAUGUCGCUCAACACCAAAGAUAGUAAUGUUAAAGAAGGGAAUGCCAAAGCACUCCUGAGUCGGGGAGUAGUCGGAGUUAAAUAUCGUUAUUCUCAUAUCGUAAAAUAUGAAGGACAUGUCAAAGGAAACGGCAAAGUUGACUUUGGUGAAUAUGGUUUACAAGCCCAAGAGGGAAUUUAUAUUAGUAAUCGAGCCAUCGAAGCGGCUCGGAAAGUUAUCAGCCCUUAUGUCAAAAAAACUGUAGCAGUAGUUAAGGCCGGAACAGUAAUUUUUGAAGUUCAAGGGAUACCCAAAGAGACCGCUUACAAAGUUUUAAAACAAAAACCAAAUGCCAAUCAAAAGAUAAAAACGGCAACCGUAGAAGUAAUUAGCACUAAAUUACACCCUCGCUAUCACAAACCAAUUAAAACCAAAAAUACUUAUCAAGUUCAUAAUGAAGAAUACGAGUUAAAAGUGGGAGAUAGAGUGGUAAUUAAAAUGGCAGAUAACUCCGGAGCCAAAAAAAUAUUAGUAAUCCGUUGUUUGGGUGGUUCUAACCGUCGAUAUAGUCGAAUUGGGGAUUUAGUAAUUGCGACAGUCAAAAAAGUGGACCCUAGUUCCGAAAAAGUUCAAAAAUAUCAAACUUUUUCCAUGUCUGCUAAAAAUACUCAAAUACCCAAUUGUGGAAACUGUAAUCCCUUUUAUACUGGCACUUCCGGGGGGGAUAUUAGAGUAGGAGCGGUGGAAAAAUAUCGUCAACGAGCAAAUAAAGUUAAAGGACUUAAAAAUACUAAAAAUAAUUUAAGGACUUAA